CCCCGGAGGCUGGUGGGCGGGGCCAAGUCGAGAGAAGCAUUCCGAAAGGGGCCUGCUUGGGAGCGGGCGGCGACAGCUCGAGCGGUGGCUCUUCUCCGAGGUGUGUUAAGGUAAAUCAAUAGUGAAACUAUGAUGGUCUCAAGGGAGUGGUAUCUUCUGGUCCUCUGGAUUCUACUACCUUCUUCUCAUGCUCAUACAGAUUUCUUCACUUCAAUUGGUCAUAUGACAGACUUGAUUCAUACAGAAAAGGACCUGGUGAUAUCACUGAAAGACUAUAUCAAGGCAGAAGAAAGCAAGUUGGAACAAUUAAGGCAGUGGGCUGAGAGGUUGGAUAAGCUGACAGAUACUGCAACCAAAGACCCAGAGGGAUUUUUGGGACAUCCGGUGAAUGCAUUCAAGUUGAUGAAACGACUGAACACUGAGUGGAACGAGCUUGAGAAUUUGGUCUUGAAGGACAUGUCUGCUGGGUUUAUUUCCAACAUGACAGUUCAACGGCUGGUUUUCCCUGAUGAUGAAGAUCAGACUGGUGCUGGCAAAGCUCUCUUGCGACUCCAAGAUACAUAUAAGUUGGAUACUGACACGAUCUCAAGGGGAAACCUUCCAGGAGUGAAACAUAAGGUAUUUCUAACUGCCGAAGAUUGCUUUGAAUUAGGAAAGAUUGCCUAUACUGAAGCAGACUACUACCAUACUGAAUUGUGGAUGGAGCAAGCUCUGAAACAGUUGGAUGCGGGAGAAGUUUCUUCUUCGAUCAACAAAGUUUCUGUUCUAGAUUACUUAAGUUAUGCUAUAUACCAGCAGGGGGACUUGGACAAAGCAAUGAUGCUCACCAAACGGUUACUUGAAUUGGAUCCCGAGCAUCAGAGAGCAAACGGAAAUUUGAAAUACUUUGAAUACAUCAUGAUUAAAGAAAAAGAAAAAGAAGCCAAUGCGUCUGUGGCCAGCACAGAUGAGCAGACUGGAAAAAAAGUGAAGACUCAGAAAAGAGGACCUUCCAAAGAUUAUCUGCCCGAGAGACAGAAGUAUGAAAAACUAUGCCGUGGUGAAGGUCUUAAAAUGACUCCUAGAAAGGAAAAGGAGCUGUUUUGCCGUUAUUUCGAUGGGAACAGGAACCCGUAUUACAUCCUGGGACCUGUCAAACAAGAAGAUGAGUGGGAUCGCCCUCGGAUUGUUCGCUUUGUUAACAUUAUCUCUGACGAAGAAAUAGAAAAAGUCAAAGAGCUUGCAAAACCAAGGCUGAGCCGAGCUACUGUGCAUGACCCUCAGACUGGGAAACUGACUACAGCACAUUACAGAGUCUCUAAGAGUGCCUGGCUAUCUGGAUAUGAAAACCCUGUAGUGGCACGUAUAAAUAAAAGGAUACAGGAUCUAACAGGGUUGGAUGUUUCCACGGCUGAGGAGCUCCAGGUAGCAAAUUAUGGAGUGGGAGGACAAUAUGAGCCUCACUAUGACUUUGCUCGGAAAGAUGAACCAGAUGCCUUUAAAGAACUGGGUACAGGCAAUAGAAUUGCUACGUGGCUAUUCUACAUGAGUGAUGUGGCAGCAGGAGGAGCAACGGUAUUCCCUGAAGUCGGAGCCAGCGUUUGGCCAAAGAAGGGGACAGCGGUAUUUUGGUACAAUCUUUUCCCAAGCGGUGAAGGAGACUACAGCACCCGGCACGCCGCAUGCCCAGUAUUAGUCGGUAACAAAUGGGUCUCCAAUAAAUGGAUCCACGAACGUGGGCAAGAGUUUCGAAGACGGUGUGCCUUAUCAGAGUUUGAAUGAUACCAUUCCCCUUUUUAUUGUUUUAGUCCAAAUUAUUUUCCCUUUCUCAUUGCCUUGAUUAACAGUGAUAGUUUACACUAAUAUCCCACUCCAACUUUUGUCUCCAGUGCCAAUCAUCUAUGGACAAAUAUUUUAUCUAUGGACAAAAUAUAUACACAUAUAUAUUUUGCAGAUAUACCCAUUUAAACAUUUUUAUUGAGUGAUAUAUUUCAUUUCUAACAACUGUAUAAUGCCAUGGCUAAAACAGUUCUGUAGAGACACCAAGUUUGUGAAGGAAGCAGAAUGGAUAUAUCAACUUCUCAUCAUCUGACAAGUGCUUUGCUUGGAUGGUAAGAUAUUAUAUAUCACUUCUGCUUGUUUCUUUGGUUUUGAAUGCCUGAACUUUUCUGCAGAACUGGGUUAAGGGCUCGUAAACCAGAUUUGAUUGACUUCAAAAUUUCUACACCUAGCCGUUUGUGCUUCUAGGCCUUCACUCCAAAUUGUCUGGUUUUACCAAGUGCCAAAAAACUUCAGAAACAAAUUAUCCUGCCCAGUAUCGAUUUUCCCCCUUAUCCCUCACAAGCUCAUUGAGCUAAUUCCAAGAAAUGAGCCAGUAACUGUCCACAUCUAAAAGACUGCAGCUGUGCUUUGUCUACAUAUGUCGGAGGACACUGUGUGAAGGCAGGUUGCAGAAAAUGACUUUUUUGUGUGUGUCUAAGUACGGCUCGUCUUUUUAAAUUUCACUGUGACUCAAGAUUGUAAUUUUAAAUGUACUGCUGCUUUUAUUCUGUAAGGAAGAACAAUUUUACCCCAUGAAGGCAUGGAGACAAGAUCAGUUCUAACUUAAACAUAGAGCACUGUGCCUUAUCUACCAAGUCUGAAUUUGUAUGAAACCAUAUGUAUAAGAAAAUGCCUACUUCCCUUACCAACAAUACCAAAUCUUACGUUCCAAUGGAGGGGCUUUCUGAAAAAAGACAAUAUAUUUAUAAUACAAAAUCUUUUUGAAAGUU